UACUUUUAAUUUAAGUCGACUCAAUUUAUAUCACCCUGACUUUAAGCAACGAGUUAGUUUAAUUGAAAAGACCGAUCGUUGCAGUUGUUUUUCUAUUUGUUUGUUAUUAUUUAUUUGUUUUCUACCCUCCUCAAAUACUUUUCCAAAUUAAGCAUCAUGUCACUUGACGAGAGAUUCAAUGCUGCCGCUGUUAAAGUGAAGACAUUCACAAAACGUCCAACCGACAGUGAACUCUUACAAUUGUAUGCUCUUUUCAAGCAGGCUUCUUUUGGGGACAACAAAACAAGUAAACCAGGUAUGCUUGACCUGAAAGGCCGCGCCAAGUGGGAGUCGUGGAAUGAUUUGCAAGGCAAGAGUCAAGAUGCCGCCAAAGAAGAGUACAUUGCUUUGGUUGAGAGUCUUAGCCAAAAGUACUUGUAAUUUGACUGAAUAACCAAAUAAAGAAUUUUAUUUUUCAUUUUAUAUUAUGUACCUACUAGAAAUUUGUCACAUUAAAUAAAUUUUGUUUCUUAGUAA